CAGCGUGCGGCGAGGGCUGCCGCACAUGCGCCUUGAGGAAAGAUGGCACCUGCCGGCUGCUGCUGCUGCUGCUGCUGCUGCUGCUACUGCUACUGCUGCUGGGGCGGCGCUGUGGCCGCCGCGGACGCCGCCCGGCGCGUCCUGGUGCUGCUGUUGCUGGGGGUCCUGUCCGUCGGGCCGCGCCCGGGCGCGCUGGCCACUGAGCACUACUCGCCGCUGUCCCUGCUCAAGCAGGAGCUGCAGCAUCGGCAGCAGCAGGAGGCCCAGGCAGGCGGCGGCUGCAGCCCGCAGUCCGGGGACUGGGGAGACCAGUACUCGGUCGAGUGCGGCGAGUCAUCCUUUCUGAACUUCCACGACUCAGACUGUGAACCCAAAGGGCCGCCACCCUGUGACUCACUGCUUUCCCUCAACACUGAAAAGAUCCUGAGCCAGGCCAAGUCUAUUGCAGAACAAAAGAGAUUCCCUUUUGCCACGGAUAAUGACAGCACAAACGAAGAGCUAGCUAUUGCUUAUGUGUUGAUUGGCAGUGGUCUCUAUGAUGAAGCCAUAAGACAUUUUUCAACAAUGCUUCAGGAGGAGCCUGAUCUGGUUAGUGCAAUUUAUGGCCGAGGGAUAGCCUAUGGAAAGAAGGGAUUACAUAACUUGACAGCUUUCGAAAUGCCCUCGCAACACUCUGUCCACUGGUCCUCGCUCCUCUGAGGCAGGGAGGACACACCUUAGGCGGAUCACACACGUGGGGAAACGAGGUCAGUGUUAACGCGCGUGUUUAAGUCACAAGAUGAAGAAAUCGCCCGCAUCUGUGCUCCGGGACACCACAUCAACAGAGGUGCACGGUCCGCUUGUCACCACUCAUUCUGCCCCUGCUGGGUCCUAGCAAUGCCCUCAGGCUUCCUUCCUGUCCUCCCAAACCCCACAGACCACUGAUUUUAAGAAGAGCGGUUUCAGUAAAGACACGAGGGGCCAACUGCAGUAGCUUCGGCAAAGGAUGGGAGAUGGGGAGACAGUGCACAGAAGCAUCUCCUCUGAGGAAUUCUGCUGUAAAGGAAGCGGAGAGAGAGAGAGACAAGAGGUGGAUGGAGGGGCAGGUAGUCCUGUCUUGGUUUCUUGUGUUUUCCAGACGGGAGCUCUCAGAGCCAUCUGUAUGCUGACGGAAGACAAGAGGGAAUGAGCGCUCCUGCACGGGGAGCGUGCCCCACUCCGCAGAGGCUCCCACAGCUCCGCACAGCGCCAGGACCAAAGGCAGAAGCUAUCCUAGGGCUGCAGGCACGCUGCAGCUAUGAUGGUGGGAAGCACGGAAGUUCUCUGCUGAUUGCAUCUUCCUCAAUCAAAUUACCUCCUAGGGAGGAGAGGAGACUGGGGGGCGGUGGGGGCAUUGGAAGUACCACGUAUUUGUCAUACAGUCAUGUCGGCAGGUGAAAGGGCCUGAAAGUUUGGAAGCAGCACGCUCAGAGCCGAUCCCUGAAGGAAGACGUUUUCUAAGGGAUUCAACAGCUGCUGGACUGCACUUACCACUUGACCACCGCGCCCUAGUUAACAGUGGGCCAAGCUCACCCGGAAACCAGGAUGAUGGGGCCUUUCCCACCGAUGGGCUGGAAUGUGGGAGUCAGACGCCAGAUACUUACUGGCAAUUCUAGUCCUAGGUGUAGGGUGGCCUGGGAAGAGCAGAAAUAAUUACUGUGGCUGGAUGCGCGACCUGAAGGCCAAGGGGCUGAUACGCAGCAUCAGUUAUACUGUCUGUUGCUUUGAUCAAUUUCUGCAUUUGUAAGACAACCACUGUUGAGGACGUUGCACAUCACCUUGGUGGUGGUCCCAAAUGGUAUAAAUUUCUUUUAGAAUGUGAUAACAGGAAAAGUAAUAGGAAGAGUUCUCCUCGGAAUUCAUAUGCUUCUUUUAUUCUAACAAAAUCGCAUUCAUCAGUACCUAAGAUGUGUAAGUUAUCAUAAAACAACUUGCAAAUAGAGGCUGCCCACUGGGAACGAGAUUAUAAAGCCAACGUAUAAUUAAUCCACCAGAAGAAAGAUCUGCAAAAGCCAUCUUUCGCAGUUUUAUAACAAAGCAUGACCAUAAUCUGAUCAAAGCUGUAUUAACCCUAACAAAAGUAUUAACAGGUGUAAAGAAUGUAUAAAACCUUUAAAAAAAAAAAAAAGGAGCUGGUCAGCUGCACAAAAUGGAAAAAGAGGGAAGGAAGUAAAUCAUGUAGCACUGACCCAAGAGCAGAACCAGGUUGGGGGGGCGGGGGGGGAGGCGCUGUAGCCACAAAGGCUAUUCACUUAGCCUGGGGUCGUAACAUGGAUUACACACGCAUCAGGUGCUCAAGGUGGCACAUACUUUUAAGAGCUGAAGACUCUGUCCAUGAACCUAUACGUGAUGUCAAAUACCAUCAACUCCACUGGGAAAGCAAUGCUGUGAAACCAUUAGUGAAAAGGGAACAGGGUCACUUUGAACACUCCACUACAAGCGAACUCAACUGGCCUUUCGCGUCGAAGAGGCGGACCGUCUGACCCAGGAUUUCUGAGUGUCUACGUAAAGGACGCCGGCACCCGAGUCAGAGCAAAUCUCACCGUGCUGGUUCCUGAAUCAGACAUAAAGCCAUACCAAAUCAUCUCCAAACCAAACUGGGGGAACGGGGGGAGGAGACUUCACUAGCGAAGCUUAAACACAGAUAUCAGUUGUGUACUGGGGACCCCCUCCGGUUACACAGAUGGUUCAGUUUGUGAAAACAGCUGUGAUCCGUUUUUCUACAUAGACAUCAUGUUUCGAUAAAAGGUAAAAAUAAAAAAGAUAAGAGAACGAAAAUGUCAGAAAGCAUUAACCCCGAAGUGAGAAGUAUUCAAAUUCUGCUACUUCAAUGAACUAUGUCUUUAUUCUAUCUGCAAGAUAACAGGCCCGAACAAAAAGAUAAAAUGGCCUCUAUGAAACACCAUAUUGUGAAAAGGGGAAGCUUCAGAGGCCGGUCAGUCGGCCCAGUGUUUAGGGAGUGCAGUGACGCCAGGCCGUGUCUACGCGCUGUAGAACUUCUUGAAAAGUCCGUACACCCAAAGUGCUCUGCCAUUCCUGUAGGCAUGUUUCAUGCAGGGUAGGUUCUAAAACCCAGGCCCCAUUAUCCUUUGCCCUCAUCCAGAGAGCGACGACCCCUCAUGACCCAAAGCAGAACACUGGUCUACUGGGGUAUACAGACCGUUCAAAAGGUAAAUUAAUUUUUAAGAACAAUAGAUCUAUUUGAGAAAGCUUCACAAGUCUGCAAAUAGCACAGCUAUCCUCCUCAUAGGGCUCACGCUAUAAAAAGCAACUCUUAAACCAGAAGACUUUCUGAAAGAUGCAAAAGAGGCAAAAGCAGUCUCCAGGCGAUGCCCCAGUGGCCAGGGCCGGGGGAGACGAUACAGAAAUCUCUUUCUCACUCUAUGCCUCCGUCUCUGUGACUCAAAAUAAGCGAGUUAUCUUCUACUGGCAAAUUUACUUCUGUAGACCUUAAAAAAAAAAAGACUAGAAGAGAUUUGCCACAAAACUGUAUGUGAUAACAUGCACAGAGAAUCAGGGCCAAGGGUAAAAAAGGGAUCGAGCAAAUCUACUAACAGCAAGGGUUACCACAGUUACCAUGACUGGGCUUAAAAUGUGGUUCUUAACUUCCUCAUAGCCAGAACAAAAAAAGGAAAUAGCGCUCAUUAUAAAAGUUUCCCUCUACUGAUUCCCUGCCACCGUUAAGGCAUAGCAAUGAUUUAAGUGCUGUGAGCAAGAAGACUGAUUUCAUGUAUUUUAAAUAACUGCCUCCUUUAGUUAGAAAGAUAUAGACAAUCUUUAGGUCUUACUGUCAAAAACACAAUCAGGUUCGUAGUUACCUCCUUAUUUUUGUGACAGUUAACAACUCCCGAAUCAGACACUAAUUCCCUUUGCUUCACACAGAACCGUGGGGGAAAUAAACUCAAAUCUUGGAUUACUAAUCUCAAUAAACUAAGGAAAAUUACUUCAGGUUGUAAAGUAACCGUCAAACUUCAUUGAGACAUUAAGCGUAGAACUAAUGCUGCUGGCUAGAUGAAGGUGGCCAUUUCAAAGGUUCCAGAAAGACAUCAGGUACAAGGACUGCCUAACUUAGGAGCAGACAGAAGUCUCAAGAAGGCAG